AUGGAGUUCUUGUUUGAGUUCCUUUUCACCCCACUGUCCACCUCAGGGCUGGUCUUUCUGUUUAGUCUUGCAGCAAUAGCCUUGCUACAUCUCAACACCAGGCCCAAACCACUGCAGCCACCCACAGACCUCAACCAUCAGAGUGUGGGCAUAGCGGCAGGAGCUAGAAAAUCAGCACUCAUGAAAGAUGACAACUUGAUCUCGUACUUGCAUAAGGAUGCAAAAACUCUGUAUGAGGUUUUCCAAAGAGGACUACUUGUCUCAGGAAAUGGGCCUUGUUUAGGGUACAGAAAGAAAGGGCAACCAUAUCAGUGGCUGAAAUAUAAACAGGUUUCCAACAGAGCAGAAUUCCUGGGAUCUGGGCUUCUUCAUCGUGGUCUAAAGCCAUCACAAGAAUCAUUCAUUGGCAUCUUCGCCCAGAACCGGCCAGAGUGGAUUAUCUCUGAGCUGGCCUGCUAUACCUAUUCCAUGGUGGCGGUACCUCUUUAUGACACCCUGGGGCCUGAGGCUCUGGUGUUCAUCAUUAAUAGAGCAAAGAUAUCCACAGUACUGUGUGAUAAACACAAUAAAGCAGAAACUUUGUUGGCUAACUGUGAGAAAGGCCUCUCGCCUGUGUUGAAAACUAUCAUCCUCUUUGACCCCUUUGACACUGCAUUGACUGAGAGAGGAUCUAAGAGUGGAGUAGACAUUCUGUCAAUGAAGGAUGUAGAGGCCUUGGGGAAAGACAACCUUCACAAGCCAGUUCCUCCAAAGCCAGAGGACUUAAGCAUUAUUUGCUUUACCAGUGGAACCACUGGUGAUCCAAAGGGAGCCAUGCUAACCCAUGAAAAUGUAGUUGCAGAUACAGCCGGUGUGCUUCAGUGCUUUGAGAAUGUCUUUGUACCCGCUCCAACUGACGUGACCAUCUCGUUUUUGCCCCUGGCACACAUGUUUGAGAGAGUUGUACAGACAGUGAUGUACGGUGCUGGGGGAAGAGUUGGGUUUUUUCAAGGUGAUAUCAGACUUCUACCAGAUGACAUGAAAGCCCUGCAGCCCACUAUAUUCCCAGUGGUUCCACGUCUCCUGAAUCGUAUUUAUGACAAGGUCCAGAGUGGAGCACAGACCCCUUUUAAAAAAUGGCUUCUAAACUUUGCCAUUGAAAGGAAACAUUCAGAGGUGAAGCAGGGCAUCAUACGGAACAACAGCAUAUGGGACAAACUCAUCUUCCACAAAGUGCAGGAAUCUCUGGGGGGUCGUCUGAGGGUGAUCGUAACAGGCGCUGCUCCCAUCUCUCCCUCUGUGCUUAGCUUUCUGAGGGCAUGCCUCGGGUGCCAAAUAUUUGAGGCAUAUGGCCAGACAGAGUGCACUGCUGCCUGCACUUUCUCCAUACCUGGCGACUGGAGAGCUGGGCAUGUUGGAAUUCCUGUUUCUUGUAAUUUUAUCAAACUUGUUGAUGUUGAGGAAAUGAAUUACUUCGCAUCCAAUGGUGAAGGGGAGGUUUGCGUAAAAGGAAAUAAUGUGUUCCUCGGAUACCUAAAUGACCCAGAAAAGACAGCAGAGGCAUUGGACAAAGACGGAUGGCUGCACACUGGAGAUAUCGGCAAAUGGCUGCCUAGUGGAGUCUUAAAGAUUAUCGACAGAAAGAAAAAUAUCUUCAAACUGGCCCAAGGCGAGUACAUUGCACCGGAAAAGAUUGAAAAUGUUUACAUUCGGAGUGCUCCAGUUGCCCAGGUGUUUGUGCACGGUGACAGUUUACAGUCCUACUUGGUGGCCAUAGUGGUGCCAGACCCUGAGGUGUUACCGGGUUUUGCCGAAAAGCUGGGAGUGAAAGGUUCAUUUGAGGAGCUCUGUAAAAAUCAGGAAAUUAAGAAAGCAAUCAUCUAUGACCUAAUCAAGCUAGGACGUGAAGCAGGGUUGAAGUCAUUUGAACAAGUAAAAGAUCUGUACCUGCAUCCUGAUAUGUUCACCAUAGAAAAUGGCCUCCUCACUCCAACGCUGAAAGCCAAAAGGGCUGAUCUCACCAAAUUCUUCAAACAUCAGAUUGACAGACUUUAUGCAAUCAUGUAGACCAACAAGAG